GCUUUACGCACGGGGCGGGCCCUUCAUUCAUCCAAGUUGGGGGUGUAGGCCACUCAGUCAAAGACAAUCAAAGAUGUUUGAGUUUCCAUGCGCGGUGACUAGGGAGGUAAAUCGCAGAGCAACACCCCUCCUCCAGUCUCAGCUCUACCGGGGUUUUUAAGUCACAUUGGAUCAGAAAAAAAAAAAAUUUCUGCCUCAAAAACAUCCUGGUCAUGCGAUGUGAGUUACUGCUGCCGAAGGAAAGAAGGAAAAACUAGAUAAGACCUGUUGGUGAUGAUGGAUUACUCGAAGGCGCAAAUGUCAAGUUUAUCCAAAGAGGGCAGUUCACCCGGGGGCCAACAGUUUAAUCCUGCAGGGUUGAAGCUGGAGGCCGUGAUGGAGCAGCUGCAGAGACAACAAGAGGCCAAACUAGGGAUGAACCUGCAGGAGCAACAACAUCUCCAGGCCCAGCUUCUCUUUGCUCAACAUGCAGCAGCAGCUGCUGCAGCAGCCAGGGCCUCUGGAUCCAGACUAGAGCCUGCAUCAUUUGGCAAGACAGAUGGACAGACUUAUCAAGCUUUCAACAGACAUCACGGUAGAGCAAGUCCAGAUGAGGAGGAAGAUGGAAAUUCAGAUUUGGAUGAUCAGGAAAUGGAGCCUGAGGAGAAUGAUGAUUUGGAAGACGACCUAGAGGAGGCAGAAGAGGAGGAGAACGGGCAUCCUCAACAAGCAAAGAAGCCCAGAGUCCAGCAGGAUGCAGGGUUCCCCUUCCCUCCGUAUUCUACGCCUCAGGCUUCCGUGGUCAAGAAAAUGUCUGAAUCACCUCCUUCUGCAAUAAAACAGGAGCAUGAUGAGAAGGAGGUGCUGUCUCCAGCAAGCCAACAAGCCUUUACAUCACCAAACAGCUUCUCAGACUGGAGCUUUGAUGAAUCAUUCAAACAAAGAGGAAGUGCCAUCUGGGCUGAGGACAAUGAUGGAGGAAAAGUGAGAGGGGAGCCAUCCAGAGACUUUGCUAAGCUUUACGAACUGGAUAAUGACCCACAACGGAAGGAGUUUCUUGAUGAGCUUUUUGUCUUCAUGCAAAAACGAGGAACUCCUGUGAACCGCAUUCCCAUCAUGGCCAAGCAAGUGCUGGACUUGUACCGACUCUAUAAGCUCGUGACAGAGAAGGGAGGCCUGGUUGAGGUCAUAAACAAGAAGAUCUGGAGGGAGAUCACCAAGGGUCUCAACCUGCCAACAUCCAUCACCAGCGCAGCAUUCACUCUCCGCACCCAGUAUAUGAAGUACCUGUACUCGUUCGAGUGUGAGAAAAAGGGCCUGAGUUCUCCAGGUGAGCUGCAGGCUGCCAUUGACAGUAACCGCAGAGAAGGCCGACGUCCCAGCUACACCAGCAGCCUGUACCGCUACACACCCUCUCCAGGUUCUGCCCCACAUCCCCUCCUUUCUUCACCCACCAUGCAGACCACCCCAACUGGACAGAAUGGCCUGACAGCAUCUGCUAGUCCAAAUCCAAAGAGAAACAUAGAUGAGAUGUUGACCCCUGUCUUACCCAGCCGGCUGCCCAUGGCUCUGGCACUGCAACAGCAGCAGUUGGCACAGGCUGCUGCGUUGGAGCAUCUAAAAGAGAGGAGAGAGCGAGGAGGAGGAGGAGGAGGAAGACCCUCAAAUGAUGGUCCAGAGAAGAAAAUGUUGCAGCUGGCUGAGGAGCAGCAGCGCCUCAUGCAGCAGGCUCUCCAGCAAAACCUGCUGGCCUUGGCCACUCAAUUCAACCCAAUGAACCUCAAGCUUAACAAUGGACAAGAACCCAAACAGGAUCUGUCUCUGAGUAUCUCCACUAAUGGAGCAGCCAGUAUAAGUGUUUCCGUGGAAGUAAACGGCACUAUUUACUCAGGAAAGCUGUUUGCCCAGAAGUCAGCUGCUGCUGUGGCGUCUCAGGCUGUAACUAUGGCAGGAACCAGCGGUUUCAGUGCCCUCUCCUCCUCACACAGUCCCUCGUCUUCAUCAUCCAACUCUUCCAAGGGACCAAACUAGGGCUUGGUAGUGUUAAAAUCUAAUCUAAGCAUAAUGAUGACACUAUAUACCUCUAAUGUCGACAAGUACUGUACGAUUUCUUGGAAACAAUCAACUGUAACAUAUGAAGCUGUUAUGUUUUUUUUUUCUUGUGGUGUAAUGUGCUUAAAAUGAGUCAUGUGAAGAGGACACUAAUGUUUGAAUUUACAGACUCCAAAAUUAAAUUUAUGAUAGAUUCAGGUUUCUGUUAACCUUAGUGCCUGUUAGAAGCUGAAAAUGUAGAGGCAGUCAUGUCAAUACAUUAUAGUGUAUUAUCUGUUUUGUAGCUGCCUUUUUCAAGAGUAGAACAGCGUGGUUGCCUAAGUGCAGCUGAUAAAGACCAAAAAGCCUUAGCUCAGUGCCACAGCUCGUCUGUAACUAUUUUGCUUUAAACAUUUCACAUUAGUGGUCAGGGAUUUACAACAUGCAAAACAAAAAAAAACAAGAUGGAAGGUGUUUUUUAAAUAUUUUUCAUUGUUUUAUUUUACACUUUUAUUUAAUCAUUUUCAGGAUUACAAAUGUAUUUCUUGCUAGCUGUGAAUCAAAGACAACAUGUGAGAGAAGGUUUAUGUCAGGAGUGAUACAAAUGUACCUCAGUACACUUUCCUUGUCGGUAAGUUUCUCUGGAAUAUCUUCUGCACUCAGGAAUGACACAUUACUGUUACACUGUACCUUAUCAAAUAAUGCUGUGUUGAGUUUCUAUAGACAGAGAAUGUAACAUUAAUGACCUCAAGCUUUUGACAAGUAAACACUGAAACGGUGCUACCUCACUCUUUCUUGAGAAAUAUGCAAUACUUAAUGCAGCAUGUGUGCAUGAAGCCUUCUGCUGAAAGGCUUCUGAUACUGUAUGUGGACAAUCAAGCAGACAUGUCAUUGCAAACUGAUGUCACUGUAAAAACACGUUUUGGUCUUUGAUUGAAAUAAUUCUUGGACAUGUGGCCAUGAGAAAUAAACCAAUCUUGUGUGCAGCAGAAA